UGUGGGUGAUGUUUCGGUACUUUCUACAUUUAAUUCUUCAACAUCAGAUAAUAUUGAAACAACACUCACUGCUGAAGAAUCAAAGUCGGAUAUUACUCAAGCAACAUCUUAUGUUGAUGAAUCAAAUUCGGUGAAUACUGAGGCAUCAUUUAAUUUUGAAGAACUCAGCAUAGCAAGUACUGGAGCAGCACUUAAUCCUGAAGAAUCAAAUCCAUUAUUUGAUGAAGCAUCAUCUGACGUUCAAGAAUUAAAUGUAGCAAGUACUGAAGUAACACCUAAAACUGAAGAACCGACUACAGCAUAUGGUGAAGCAUCACCCACAACUGAACAAUCAAAUCCAGAAAAUACUGUGGCAACAUCUAAGGCUGACGAAUUAAAAUCAGAAAAAAUUGAAACAACACCCACUCCUGAAGAAUCAAAUCUGAUAAAUACUGAAGCAACACUUAAUCCUGAAGAAUCAAAUCCAGCAUAUGGGGAAACAUUAUCUGAUGUUGAAGAAAUAAAUUUAGUAACAACUGAAGCAACAUCUAUUGUUGACAAGUCACAGCUAGAAAAUGGUGAAGCAUUAUCUGAUGUUGAACAACUAAAUGUAUCAAGUAGUGAAGCAUCGUCUAAAACCGAUGGUAUAAAUCCAGCGAAAAUUGAAGAAGCACCAACUACUGAAGAACCAAAUCUAGAAAUUGCUGAAGCAUCGCCUAGCACUGAAGAAUCAAAUAGAGAAAGUAAUGAAGCGUCACUUGAUACUGAAGAAUACAACUCAACAAACAGUCGAGUUACUACUCCAAUCUAUACGAUAUCUUAA